AUGAAAGAAAUCCAACUUUCGAAGCCAAAGCAUGUCAAUGUGUUGUCUGUUGAGCGGCAAUUAAUAGCAUCUAUAGAUCUACAUCGUUCAGUAGCUACUAUAAUGAUAAAUAAUAAUAUUAAUAAUAUUAGAAAAACCAGUAUAAUGAUAUUAGCUUUGGUAUCUGUUUUAACAAAAGAAACCUAUACAACAACUUACUCUAUUAGAGUCAACACUGAAGUUACCGAUGCUAUCGAUUUAUUGGAAAAAGCAAUGGUAAGUGGAACAUUUAAUUUCUCUUUGACACAAUCAAUGACUAGUUUUACAGUAACUGCAAUUUACACGAAUGCAAUUCAACUUCAAUAUAGUUCAGACGGAGGAUUUGUAAAAUACACACUUCUGGUGAAUAACAUUGAAAACGGUGAUUUUGCCUGUGCCAACGGUCCUACUUGCCUUCUGACCGGAUUGACUGCAGAUACACAAUACAAUUUCGACAUAUGUGUUUCUUCUGAUUGGUCAUCGCCAUGUGGAACACCUCAUAUGCAAGCGCAAGCAAGAACCUACAAAGAUGUGUCCGAUCCCUUGGUUGUGGUAUCUGCAGUUUCUGGUGUUGGAAUGACACUCAGUUGGUCGACCACCGGUGGUGUUCCUACGCCUGCCACUGUUUAUAAUAUUAAAGCGAACGGGAUGGAUAUUGCUCUCGGAUUGACAACAACCACCUACACCAUUAACACAUUGACUCCAGGGACUACCUAUCCUAUUUUAGUGCAAGCACAGAACGACGACGAUAUUAAAAACACCACCACCAUAGUGACUACCUAUGGCACUCCACCGGUUACACUGACUGCGCCAGUGAAAACCACCAAAACCAUUACUUUAAACUUUGAAUCGAUUGGAGGAGUAUUUGGUUCAGUAACAACAUAUAGUCUAUUCAUAGGUACAGCUCCAGUAUCACAAUGUACUGCUAUUACAUCGAAUACCUGUUACAUUCAAGGUUUAGUAUCAGGCUCUUCCUACACCUUUAAAAUAGAAUCAACCAAUGCAGGUCAACAAAUGGUUAAUGGUCUGACUGUGUCGACAUAUGCAUCGAUAAACGGUGUAACUGUAGCAUUGGUAAACCGUACAACAACCUCCAUAGCAGUUCAAACUAAACAUCUAGGUGGUGUUCCAGGUCAAUCUAGUUAUUUAGUAGACUUGCAUGGUUCUUAUAUCUGUUCAGGUACAAGCAGCAAUAUAUGCGUUGGCAGAAAUUUGCAGCCAGGUACUAGUUACAAGUUCAUCUCCACAGUCUCCAAUGACGGUGAUUCCAGUACUGGAGAAUCUUCUUUCGCCACUUUUUAUUCAUUGUACAAUCUUGUAUUAACAUCCAACCAGACUACCACCUCUAGAAUCAUUGUUAUUUAUAAUACAAAUGGUGGUGUUCCAGAUAAUACUUUUUAUACUACAAAAAUCAAUGGCCAAGUAUAUGCAGAUUGUAUUAAUUUAUAUCUACAAACUUGUGAAAUAACCAAUUUGAAUAGUGGAACACAGUAUAAGAUAGAAACCACUGCAACUAAUGAUAUUGAUUCAGUUUCAAUGACCAAUUAUAUAUCAACUUUGGCUGGUGUAAAGAUAACAUCGAUAGAUGCAGCAAUCACAACAAAAACAUUGUCACUCACAUUUGGAUCAAUAAAUGGUGUAGUUGGUUUAACCAAGUUUUCAGUAUAUGUUAAUGGUUCAGCUGUUCCUAGUUGCACCGAUAUUUCAGAAACCAAAUGUGAUUUGAUUAACUUAACUCCAGGCACUGUCUAUUCAAUACUUGUGGUAGCCCAAAAUGAUGGUACAUCUGAUUCGAUGACAACGGAUUUUAGCACCUAUCCUCCAGUUUCACAGCCAAUAAUCACUUUUAUCCAACAUCCAAACAAAGAGCUUUUGAUUAAAUAUUCAACAACUGGUGGUGUUCCUGGACAGUCAACAUACACCGUCUCGAUCAAUGGUACCAAUUUACCUGGUUGUAUUAACAUACAAUCAACCGAGUGCACAUACAGUCCUUAUCAAAUAGGUGAUUAUUUUAUAGUCGCUGUUUUUGCUACCAAUGAUGGAUUGACACAAAUCUCUACAACCAAUUUAAAAAUAUAUGAUUAUCCAACCGCAAUAAAUAUAAUAAAUAUUGUAGCAACCAACUCAAACAUAUCGAUUGAAUGGACAGAGAGUCAAGAAGGUGUUCCAAAUAUGACAACUUAUCAAGCAUCAUUAUCAAACGAGGAGGGAGCUAAUUUUAUUGUAUUUUGUGACAAUGUUACAAAUAUAUUGAAAUGUACAUUCCCGAAUCUUAUUCAAAACACAACUUAUUCUUUGAGAGUAACUGUUUUAAAUACCUAUUUCGAUCCUGUUAAUACGACAAUUAAAUUUAAUACACUAUCUGAUUCAACAGAUUAUUGCAAAUCAGGUAAUACAGAGUGUAAUGGAAAUGGUGUUUGUUCAAAUGGCCAAUGUAAUUGUAAGACUGGUUGGAUUGGUCAAUAUUGUGAGACUCCAAUCAAAAUAGAUAAUAACCAUCCACCUAUCAUUGUUCCAAAUCCAGAAUCACCAGGUGUCAUCAUCGACGAUAAAGGAAUUACUUAUUCUUUCUCGAUUGGUGAAAUCAAAGAAAUAGAUUCAGCAUCAUCUCCAAUUAAAACAUUGAAUGUUUCAUCAUUACAAUGGUCUCUGACUAAAAACAAAGAUAUAAACAUUACAAAUCCUACCAAUGUAGCUCUAACAGAGAGAUCGUGGCAAUACUCAACAGUUUCAUCAGCCAGCCCAUAUUUUAAAUCUAUGAAUGUCACAUUCUAUCAAUUCCUAGCCAUUCCAGCAAUCACACAAAACGAUUACUACGAAUAUCAAUAUGCCGGUCAAACCUAUUCCAUUAAACUAGGAUCAUUCAAAUACACUUUGAAUAUAUCGGAAUGGGAUUUCCAAUCGAGAUUGAACACUCUGGAGAUAUCCAGUAUCAUUUCAGCGCCAAUCGGUGGAAGUUGUGAUCCAAAGAUAGACAUAUCGCUUGUUGAUUCUGGUAGUGGAAACAAUAUAAAUAUUGGAGACAACAAUGGUAACUCUGUAUUUGGAAGACUAUUGAAAGUUGUAUUAUUAGACGAUAUUCCAAGAUCAAUCUCACACAAGACCAUUGAAAAUACAAACAACCAGAGUGUGUCGAUCGUUUCAGUCAUUCCAUUUUUCGAAUCAACACUAUUUAUUGACCCUGAUUUCUCAACGUUGAUCUCUGUCGAUGGAAAAGUAUCUUGUUCUUCAAACAGCGAUGAUAAAUGGAAGAUCAUCGUUGGUGCUGUCGUUGGUGGUGUUGUUGUGAUCGAAGAAUUGACACCAAUUUUAGAGACUGAAUCACAAACUAUGUCAACAAUUGAAGCAAGUGAGAUUUUAACUCAUUCCAUUAAGAUUGCCUAUACUUCAGUAGGCGGAACUAAUGUUGAAUAUAGUUUCACUGUAAAUGGUUCGCCUUUCAUCUCACUCGAUUGUUUACAGGCAACCACUUGUCUUAUUACCGGUUUAACUCCUAAUACCACUUAUGAUAUUGUUGUAUGUUGUUUUGAAUCUGGAUCUCAGUGCCAAGGAAAUACUAUAUUAUUGCCAUCCAUUACCUAUCCAACAGUCUCUAAUUUAUCGAUAGCUUUGGUAAAUAGAACCUCCAGUAUUAUUACCAUCGAAUAUGAUUCAUUGUAUGGUGUACCUGGCCAAACUAUUUAUUCAGUUGAUGUCCAUGGAGUUAUUAGGUGCCCUCCUUCACCUAAUAAAAUAUGUAUCGUCAAUAAUCUAGGAUAUUCAACCUUAUAUAAAUUUAUCGUUAAUGCUACCAAUGAUGGGGAUAGUGUUAUAGCAGAGUCCAACUUUGCAACCUUUUAUAUUCUUUAUGGUCUAAAUAUCCAAUAUAAUGAAACCACUACUUCAAAGAUCUUUGUUGUUUAUACUGCGUCUGGCGGUGUUCCUGGUCAAACUUAUUACACAACAAUAGUUAAUGAUGUUCCAUACCCUUUAUGUAUCAAUAUUCAAUCAACUGGUUGUGAAAUUAUGAAUUUACAAAGUGGAACAGCGUAUAAGAUUGAAAUACUUGCAACCAAUACAGGAGAAAACAAUACUGUUCAAGCUCAACUUUCUACUCUGAAACCUGCAGAGAUUUCCGAUUUAAAUGCAACAUCAAUCACGACAAAAACAAUGUCACUCUCAUUUGGGUCAAUAUAUGGUGUAAUUGGUAAUUCAAAGUUUACUAUUUUUUUAAAUGAUACAGCUGUUCCUAGUUGCACUGAUAUUUCGACAACCACAUGUGAUUUGACUAACUUAACUUAUGGUACCGUCUAUUCAAUUAGAGUAUCAGUUCUCAAUGAUGGAAGAUCGAAUCAAAUGACAAAAUUAUUUACAACAUAUUCUUUAGUUUCACCACCAAUCAUAACCACCACACAAUUCCCAAAUAAAGAUCUUUUGAUUAAAUAUACAACAACUAGUGGUGUUCCUGGACAGUCAUUAUACACCUCUGCAAUUAAUGGUACCAAUAUAUCGGGUUGUAUCAAUACUCAAUCUCUUCAAUGUACAUUUAAUCCUUAUCAAAUAGGUGAAAAUUAUGAAAUUUCAGUAUUGGUCUCAAAUGAUGGACACACAGAACAGACAUUUUAUUUUCUAAAAAUUUAUGAUUAUCCAACAUCAGUAAAUAUUAUAAAUGUUUUACCAACCAAAUCAAAUAUUUCAAUUGAGUGGACAGAGAGUCAAGAAGGUGUUCCAAAUAUGACAACUUAUCAAGCAUCAUUAUCAAACGAGGAGGGAGCUAAUUUUUUUGUAUUUUGUGACAAUGUUACAAAUAUAUUGAAAUGUAUAUUCCCUAAUCUUAUUCAAAACACAACUUAUUCUUUGAGAGUAACUGUUUUGAAUACUGAUUUUCUACCAGUAAACACAACAAUUAAAGUUAAUACAUUAUCUGAUACCACAGAUUUUUGUAAAACAGGUAAUACAGAGUGUAAUGGAAAUGGUGUUUGUUCACAAGGACUUUGUAAUUGUAAGACUGGUUGGAUUGGUCAAUAUUGUGAAGUUCCAAACAAUGUUGAUAAUAACCAUCCACCUAUCAUUGUUCCGAAUCCAGGAUCACCAGGUGUCAUAAUUGACGAUAAAGGAAUUACUUAUUCUUUCUCGAUUGGUGAAAUCAAAGAAAUAGAUUCAACAUCCUCUCCAAUUAAAACAUUGAAUAUUUCAUCAUUACAAUGGACUUUGUCAAAGACACUGGAAAGGAAUGUUACCAACCAACUAAAUCUAACAAUGAAUAUCACCUUCUAUCAAUUCAUAGCCAUUCCAACUAUCACACAAAACGAUUACUACGAAUAUCAAUAUGCCGUAAAUACCGGUGAAAUCAACUUGAUAAACAUUGGUGACAACAAUGGUAACUCUGUAUUUGGAAGACUGGUCAAUAGAGUUAUGUUAGAUUCAAUUCCAAGAUCAAUCUCACACAGAGCCAUCGAAAAUACAAACAACCAGAGUGUAUCGAUCGUUUCAGUAAUUCCUUUUUUCGAAUCAACACUAUUUAUUGACCCUGAUUUCUCAACGUUGAUCUCUGUCGAUGGAAAAGUUAAUUGCUCUUCAAACAAAGACAACAAAUGGAAGAUCAUCGUUGGUGCUGUGGUUGGUGGAUUUGUUGCCAUUUCAAUCCUGGCUGGAGCAUCAUAUUACUUAUACAGAAAGAAAAAGAUUACAACAGAAAAUAAUAAAAUUAAAGCAAGACUACAGCAAAUGAAUUCUUGA